AUGAGCGCCAUGGCGCAGGCCAGGAGGUCGCGGCGCUCCGGUUACAGCCCCGCUGCCCUUCCGAGGCUGUUUCCGGUUCUCCUUUCCGGUCCGGGGUCCCGGUUCCGGUUCCGGUUGCCGCGCGAACCCCGCGCCGCUCCGGAGCGCUCACGCGGGCGCCGCCGCCGCCGGAACCGGAAGCGUUCCCGGCAUCCCCCGCGCUCCCCCCGCCGGCGGGAACGGCGCCUCCCGGCGUGCACCGCGCGCCGCCGACCGCCCCAUGUUGCCAUGGUGACCGCAUUCCCGGCAUGCACCGCGGCGGCCCCGGGAACUACAGCUCCCGGCGUGCCCCGCGGCGGAGCCGAGGGAAGCCCCGGUGAGGGGGGGAUCCUGGGUUCCAGGAUGGGGAGUGCUGUGGGGCACCGGGCCCUGCUGACCCUGUUUCUGUGGAUCCCAUUCCUCAUGGGAUCAGUGGGGGAUGGAGCCAAGGAUGGCCAGGAGGGAUUCCAGAGACAUGCCACCACAUCUGAUGAUCUGCUGCUCCGGAUGGGAAGAACCACUUGGGACACCCUGGAAAACUGGGUGGGACCCCAGCUCCUGCAGAUGGUGGCAGAGAGCCUCUCCACCACCCUCUGGGUCAUUUCCUCUGGGAUCUCGGCAGCCCUGACCACUCUCUGUGGGAUCCUGGGGGAUCUCCUGGCUGCUUCCAGCAUCAAUGGCCACCGGCUGGUCCAAGCGGCAGCAUUGGCUCCCGGAGAAGUCCAGAGGGUGCUCCUGUGGGCAGUGGUUGCCCUGCUGGGAGCCUGGGUGCUAUCCUGGCUUCGACGGCUACUGCUCCCUCUGCUCCAUUGGCUGAAGAUUUUCUUUUUCCUUUGUGCCUUCCUGCAUGUGGCUGCAUCCCAGGAGAGCCCCACAGUGCAGGCAGGAAUGCUGCUGGGCCUGUGGGUGCUUUAUGCCUUCCUGGGCAGCCUGGUGGCAUCCCCGGAUCCCAGCGCCCGGCUGGAUGCGGCCGUGCGGAGCCUGGAGUGGAAGGUGGAGGAGCUGCGGCGGCGCCAGAAGUUUGGGGGCCCCCGGAACCGGGAGGAUUGAGCCCCCCUAAAGCUUCUUCAAAGCUUGGCUCUGUUAUCCCAAGCAUGUGUCUCCCUGCUCUGCUGAGCCCGCCAUGCCCCCUCUUCUGCUUUCCAGUUCUCCCAGGGAUCCUGGGAGCCCCCCAUCCAUCUGGGAGCACCCCAAAAUUGGGGGCUGUGCCUUGCCACACAUGCUACAAGUGCCUUCACCCCAAAAUCCCCCAUGAUCCCCAAAUGUGGGAGAAGAACUGCCACAUUCCCUGCCUGCCAGGGAUGUUGUCCCAACUAAGCCAGCUUGGGGUGCAGAGUGGAUCCAUUCCCCAUCCCGGGGGCUCUGCUUGUUUUGGGGUCUCCCCACUGUCAGGUUUUGGGUUUUAUGCUGCUUUUUAAACGGUUUUGAUAAUGUGGUUUGGAAUAAAGAUGGA